CAUUGGUUAGUUGGUUUGGUCCACUUAACGCUCGUAACGUCUCGAGCAACAAAGAUAGAAUGACGCUCAUGGCGUUACGAGCGUUAAGUGGACCAAACUAAUCAAUCAAACGCUACCCUGGUUACGAAACGAAAAAACGCCUAAAGAGAGAGAGAGAUAACCUUUCAAUGUGUUGCAUGUGGUUGCUAACAAAAGUGAAUUGUGUCUGAUAUUAUGGGAAAGAAAGGCAAAGGAGAGAGUAAUACUCUAGGAAAAUCUUUAAUCAGAGAUCGAUUUGGAGCCCGGAAAGUUAAAAAGAAGAAUAAUGAAUCGUCUAUGCUCCACACUUCAGAGAUCAAUGAUGGUUAUGAUUGGGGCCGACUUAAUUUGCAGUCAGUUACAGAGGAAAGUUCUUUCCAAGAAUUUCUGUCGACCGCGGAGCUUGCGGGAACCGAGUUCCAAGCAGAGAAAUUGAAUGUUAAGUUUGUGAACUCAAAGAGCGGUUUGCUUUCAAAGGCUGAGCAUGACAAGAUCUUGGAGUCGCAGAAGAAAAAUAAGGAUCUCUUGAAGAUACCAAGGAGACCAAAAUGGGACAACUCCACCACUGCUCAAGAGUUGCUCUCUCGCGAAAAGGAAACAUUCCUGCAAUGGAGACGUUCCUUGGCUGAGCUACAAGAAACUGAAGGAGUAAUGUUAACGCCUUUCGAGAAGAAUCUGGAAUUUUGGCGACAAUUGUGGAGGGUAGUGGAACGCAGUGAUGUCAUUGUGCAAAUUGUGGACGCACGCAAUCCACUGCUCUUCCGUUGCGAGGACUUGGAGCAUUAUGUCAAGGAAGUCAACGCUGAAAAAUUAAAUAUGAUUCUCAUUAACAAAGCAGACUUUCUGACGAGCGAGCAGAGGCAAGCGUGGGCCGAGUACUUUACAGAUAGAAACGUACGAGUAGCCUUUUUCUCCGCGCUAUUAUCGGCGGAGAAAAUCGAAGAGGAGAGCGAGGAUGAAGCGAAUUCAGAGGACAAAUACGAGGACGAUUGCACUGACGACGAAAAGGACGAGACCGACAACGAAUCUAUCUACACCUCGGAAUUUAUAUCGGAAUCAGAAUACGAAAGUGCGGACGAUCAUAACGAUUCGCUUGCCGCAAUCAUUAUGAAAGAGACGGAGGGAGAAACAGCAGCUCCAGAAAGUGCAUUAGAGAGAUUAAAAAUCCCCACAACGGAUUCAAAGAUUAAGGAAGAAGUAACCGAGACGGCAAUGAAUUCUGAGCACGAAGCAGAGCAGAAGAGGAUUGUUAAUUCGUCGGAAUUAUUAACCAGGGACGAUCUUAUUAAAUUAUUAAAGACACUAUAUAAGGGUAAGACGUACACGAGCGGGGUGACGACAGUCGGCCUGGUAGGUUAUCCGAAUGUCGGUAAGAGUUCUACCAUCAAUACACUGCUGAUGGACAAGAAGGUCUCCGUGUCCGCCACACCAGGCAAGACCAAGCACUUCCAGACGCUGUAUCUGGACACAGAUCUGCUGCUGUGCGAUUGUCCGGGACUGGUGAUGCCAAGUUUCGUCUGCACGAAGGCGGAAAUGAUCCUGAACGGCAUACUGCCGAUCGACCAGAUGCGGGAUCACGUGCCGCCGGUCGCGUUAUUGACUACUUUGAUACCUAGACAUGUCUUGGAGGAUCUGUAUGGUCUUAUCUUGCCCGUCCUGCAAGAAAAAGAGGGUCCCAAUCGGCCGCUAACCACGGAGGAGCUUCUGAACGCACACGGUUAUAACAGAGGUUUUAUGACGCAGAAUGGUCAACCGGACAAUGCUCGUUCAGCAAGAUACGUCCUUAAGGAUUUUGUUAAUGGCAGAUUAUUGUACUGCGUCGCGCCACCAACGCACGAGCAAGAACAUUUUCACAUGUUCUCGCCGCGACGCCGUGUCCUCUCUGCGAACAGGCACAUACCGCCCCGAGCGGUCAGCGUAAACAAAGGGAGUCAGAUAACGGAGGAGGAGUUCAACCGUAUGUUCUUCCAUGAUAAAUCAUCUGAUGUACAUAUCAAAGGGGUCCUCGGCAGACGACACGUGCCGCAACAUUCGUUGUCUACAAAUUCCGAAUCAAUGAUCGGAUCCAUGCAGAAUCUGUCGGUCCGUGAGAAACCAUGGAAGCAGAUAAAUAAGCACGCCAACAAAAAGAAGCGCGAAAAAGGACGAAGAUUGUACGCUCAUCUCGACCGGCAUUAAGCGCGAGAGUGUCGAGUUCUGUACAUGUUGAUCUGCAUCUAAUUGCUGAUCGCAAGAGCACGGGAUCUCACAUUUUGUCUUGUACACUAUAAAUGUACAUACGUGAAAAUUUGACUUGCGAAAAAGUGAUUUUACAGUUUGUCUCUCA